CUCAACCACACAUUGACUUGGACCACACGUCCUUCCUUUUCAUGGAAGACGACACUUUCUACUCGACAGCUGCCGCGCGCUUCAGGUGAAGCAGACACAAUGGCGCAGCAGACGCCGCUCUCGCAGACGCUGGACCGCAUAGUCCACGAGCUGCGCUCCAAACAUGACGACACACGGCAAAAGGCCGCCCACACGCUCCGGCAGACGGUCGAGUCGGCGCAUCGAGAGCUCGCGCCCAACGUCUUCACGACCUUCUACAGCGAAGUCUACGGCAAGAUCUCGGGCCUCAUCGUCACGGGCAGCGACUCCAACGAACGCAUCGGCGGCAUCCACGCCCUCAACGCCCUCAUCGACUUCCGCGGCGACGAUGCCGGCCAGAAGACGACGCGCUUCGCCUCGUACCUGCGCGCCGUCAUGCGCGGGCAGGACACGACGGCCAUGGUGGUGGCGGCCAAGGCGCUGGGCCGGCUCGCGAAGCCCGGCGGCACGCUGACGGCCGAGCUGGUCGAGGCCGAGGUCAAGGGCGCGCUCGAGUGGCUGCAGCUGGAGCGCCUGGAGAACCGCCGCUUCGCCGCCGUGCUGAUCCUGCGCGAGCUGGCCAAGAACUCGCCCACGCUCAUGUACCAGUGGAUCGCCCAGAUCUUCGACGUCAUCUGGGUCGCCCUGCGCGACCCCAAGGUGCUCAUCCGCGAGUCGGCCGCCGAGGCCAUCAGCGCCUGCUUCGAGAUCAUCUCCCCCCGCGACUCGCAGAUGCGCCAGCUGUGGUUCGGCAAGGUCUACGACGAGAUCCUGCGCGGCUUCACCAUCAACACCAACGAGGCCAUUCACGGCUCGCUGCUCACCAUGAAGGAGCUGCUGGACAAGAGCGCCAUGUUCAUGAACGACCAGAAGUACAAGGAGACGGUCGAGACGGUGCUCAAGUACAGGGAGCACCGCGAUGCCCUGGUGCGGCGCGAGGUGGUGCUCAUCAUCCCCAUCCUCGCCAGCUACUCGCCGACCGAGUUCGCCGCAAAGUACCUGCACCCGUGCAUGCUGCAUCUGCAGGGCCUGAUACGCAAGGACCGCGACCGCGACAAGGCCUUUAUUGCCAUUGGGCAGAUUGCGAAUGCAGUCGGCGUCGCCAUCUCUCCCUACCUCGAGGGCAUCCUGGUCUUCAUACAGGAGGGCCUCACAGCGAAAGCGCGAAACAAGAGUGUCAUCAACGAAGCCCCCAUCUUCCAGUGUCUGAGCAUGAUCGCCGCAGCCGUAGGCCAGGCCCUCACCAAGAGCGUGGAACGGCUGCUGGACCCCAUCUUUUCCUGCGGACUGAGCGAUUCCUUGUUCCAGGCCCUUGUGGACAUGGCCCACUAUGUACCGCCUUCCCGACCCAUGAUCCAGGAGAAGCUCCUCGACUUGCUUAGCCAGAUCCUCGCCGGCAGACAUUUCUUACCCCUAGGCAGUCCCUACCAGGUAUCGCAGACACCGCAGAUAUGGACACGAGAUCACAAGGACCCGCAGACGAUUGCGCCGCGAGAAGCAGAGAUUGCCUUGGCUCUACACACACUAGGGAGCUUCGACUUUACCGGCCAUGUUCUGAACGAGUUUGUUCGCGACGUUGCCAUCCGCUACGUCGAGGCUGACAACCCGGAGAUCAGGAAGCGCGCUGCCCUGACGUGUUGUCAGCUGUUUGUCAAGGAUCCCAUUGUGCAUCAGACGAGCACUCAUGCUACCAAGGUUGUUGGCGACAUCAUCGAGAAACUGCUAACAGUCGGUGUGGGCGACAUUGACCCUGAGAUUCGAUGGGAGGUCCUCAUGGCGCUCGAUGCGCGCUUUGACCGCCAUCUAGGAAAGGCGGAUAAUGUACGGACCCUGUUUCUUGCCCUCAACGAUGAAGUUUUCGCCAUUCGAGAAGCUGCCAUGUCUAUCAUCGGUCGGCUCACAUCUGUCAACCCGGCAUACGUCUUCCCCUCAUUACGCAAAGUCCUCCUGCAGUUGUUGACGGAAGUCAAUUACGCGAAUAGCCCGCGAAGCAAAGAAGAGAGUGCGAAGCUUAUCAGUAGUCUGGUUGGAGCAGCAGACAGUCUUAUCAAGCCACUCGUUGAUCCGAUUGUCACUGUGCUUCUUCCGAAGACAAAGGACCUCAAUCCUGAGGUUGCGUCGACUACACUCAAAGCUAUUGGCGAUUUGGCGACGGUUGGUGGCGAAGGUAUGAUCAAAUACAUCCCAGAGCUCAUGCCCGUGAUCCUCGACUUCAUGCAAGAUUUGAGUGCAGAUUCGAAACGAUUUGCCGCGCUGAGGGCUCUGGGACAGCUGGCUACCAAUGCAGGCUAUGUCAUCGAACCGUACAGAGACUAUCCAGAGUUGAUGAACAUCUUGAUGAACAUUGUCAAGACGGAGCCUGAAGGUGAACUUAGGAGGGAAACCGUAAGGCUCAUGGGUACCCUUGGUGCUCUGGAUCCGGACGAGUACGUGAAGAUCAUGGAGCAGUCGCCAGACAAGCAUCUCAUCCUGGAGGCUCAAGCAGUUACCGACGUCUCGCUCAUCAUGCAAGGCAUUACUCCUUCGAACGAAGAGUACUACCCCACGAUUGUCAUCAGCACGCUCAUGGGAUUGCUGAAAGAUACAUCACUGACUCAGUUUCACUCCGCUAUCGUGGAUGCUGUCAUGAACAUAUACGCCACCAUGGGCCUCAAAUGUGUGCCUUUCCUCAACCAGGUGGUGCCUGGAUUCCUGCAAGUUAUCCGCGCCACUCCGGCGGGACGCUCAGAGGGUUACUUCAAUCAGCUUAGCCAGCUUGUUCGAAUUGUACGCCAGCACAUCCGGCCGUAUCUGCCUAGCAUACUGGCAACCAUCAAAGAGUACUGGAGCAGCAGCCCUCAGCUACAGUCGACCAUCUUGUCGCUGAUAGAAGCUAUUGCUAAGUCGCUUGAGGGCGAGUUCAAGGUCUAUCUGGCUGAUGUCCUACCUCUUAUGCUCAGCGUUCUAGACUCGGAUCAGACUGGUAAACGGCUACCUUCUGAGCGGGUGCUUCAUGCGUUUCUCAUCUUUGGGUCGAGUGCGGAAGAGUAUAUGCACCUCAUUAUACCGAUCAUGGUCAAGAUGUUUGACAAGCCAGGUCAGCCUGUGCAUAUCCGAAGACAGGCCAUCGAGACAUUGGGGAGACUGUCGAAGCAAGUCAACGUUUCCGAAUUUGCUGCGCGAAUCGUCCAUCCUCUCUGCCGCGUGCUUGCUGGCACCGAGCCGACGCUGAAGCAGACUGCUCUCGAGACGCUUUGUGCACUCAUCUUCCAGCUCGGACCUGACUAUGUCCACUUUGUGCCGACUGUCAACAAGAUCCUCAUCGCACACAAGGUGCCUCAUGAGAAUUAUGGCCGUAUUGUGUCGAAGCUGCAGAAAGGGGAACCUCUGCCGCAAGAUCUGAGUCCAGACGAGCGGUAUGGGGAAGACGACGAAGAUCUGAACCCUGCGGAGAUUCUUACAAAGAAACUGGCUGUCAAUCAACAACAUCUCAAACAGGCUUGGGAGGCAUCGUCCAAGACAACGAGGGAAGACUGGAUUGAAUGGAUGCGAAGGUUUAGUGUGGAGCUGCUUCGGGAGUCACCGCAGCAGGCGCUGCGUGCUUGCACACCACUGGGUAGUAUUUACAAUCCCAUCGCUAGAAGUCUGUUCAACUCGGCUUUCGUCUCGUGUUGGACGGAGUUGUACGAUCAGUACCAGGAAGAGCUUGUUCGGUCCAUCGAGUGUGCGCUCACGUCGCCGAACAUCCCACCAGAGAUCUUGCAGAUUCUUCUGAACUUGGCGGAAUUUAUGGAGCAUGACGACAAAGCCCUUCCCAUCGACGUUCGGAUACUGGGCAUGUACGCCGGCAAGUGCCACGCCUUUGCCAAAGCGCUACACUACAAGGAGUUGGAGUUCAACGCGGAGCAGAACUCUGGCGCCGUGGAGGCACUCAUUAGCAUCAACAACCAGCUACAGCAGACAGACGCAGCGUUCGGUAUCCUUAGGAAAGCACAGAACUAUAACGACGUCGAGUUGAAAGAGACUUGGUUCGAGAAGUUGCAGAGAUGGGACGAAGCGCUCGCUUCCUACCAACGGCGUGAGAUUGAAGAGCCGGGCUCGUUUGAGGUCACAAUGGGCAAGAUGCGCUGUUUGCAUGCUCUCGGUGAAUGGGACCUUUUGUCGACUUUGUCGAAGGAGAAGUGGUCUACUGCUAGUCAGGAGUAUCGGAAGGCGAUUGCUCCGCUUGCUGCGACGGCUGCUUGGGGUCUGGGCAAGUUCGCUGAUAUGGAUUCCUACCUCAACGUUAUGAAAGAACAGUCGCCGGACAGGGCAUUCUUUGCGUCUAUCCUCAAUAUCCACAACAAUCGCUUCGAGAUUGCGAUUGAAGAGAUUGCCAAGGCUCGAAAGGGUCUCGACACCGAGUUGAGCUCGCUACUCGGCGAGUCCUACCAACGCGCCUACCUGCCGAUGAUCCGCGUGCAGAUGCUGGCUGAGCUGGAGGAGAUCAUGGUCUACAAGCAGAAUGAGAACAACAAGGACAAGCAAGAGAGCAUGCGCAAGACCUGGAUGAAGCGUCUGCGAGGUCUGCAACCGAAUCCGGAAGUCUGGCAGCGAAUGAUGAAGGUCCGCCAACUCGUCAUCUCGCCUAGUGAAGGCACAGACAUGUGGAUCAAGUACACCAAUCUCUGUCGCAAGAACGAUCGGAUGAACCUUGCGAACAAGGCACUGCAGAAGCUGCUAGAUAUUGAGGGUGCAGGCGAAGGGAGAGUCGUCGAGUACGUGCGUGAAAACGCCCACAAGAUCCCGCAUCCUGUGGCGUAUGCGACGUACAAGUAUAUGUGGGCGGAUCAUCCUUAUAAACAGGAGGCGCUCAACUUGAUGAAGGACUUUACUACGCGACUAUCGGAAGACCUUGCUAUGCGCACGAGGGCGGCGUCCAAUCCGAUGAUGCCGCAAAAUGGCAUGAACGGGAUGAACGGUACGACGAAUGGUCUGUUCAGCAACGCGAAUCCCUUCGCAGCCACGAAUGGUACCAAUGGCGUUAAUGGAAUGAACGGCUCGAGCAUGCUCAACGGAUCAGCUAUGGGCGUCUCGACCAUGGAUAUGGCCGACUGCCAUCGCCUUCUCGCUAAAUGCUACCUGAAGCAGGGCGAAUGGCAACAAGCACUGCACGACGGAGAAUGGGGACAUGAAUACGUUCACGAGAUCCUGUCCGCGUAUGCCGCUGCCACUCGAUAUAACCAGAACUGGUACAAGGCAUGGCAUGCGUGGGCGCUUGCCAACUUCGAGGUCAUCAACUCGAUCACGUCAAAGGCCGAUCGGGAGACUACAGAUGUGCCCUCUAACAUGGUGCACGAUCACGUCGUUCCGGCUAUCCAUGGCUUCUUCAAGUCGAUUGCGCUGUCGUCGACUAGCUCGCUUCAGGAUACGCUGCGAUUGCUUACGCUUUGGUUCAGUCAUGGUGGGCUGCCGGAAGUCAACCGUACGAUUACUGAGGGCACGAAGUCGGUUCCGAUUGACACUUGGCUUGAGGUUAUACCGCAGUUGCUUGCCAGGAUCAAUCAGCCCAAUCCCACGGUCAGGCAGUCUAUCCAUCAGCUGCUGAUUGAGGUCGGCAAGGCGCAUCCUCAGGCUUUGGUUUUCCCGUUGACAGUCUCGAUGAAGUCCGAUGUAUCUCGUCGUUCGCGGUCCGCCAGGGAGCUCAUGGAGGCCAUGCGCGAGCACUCACCGCGUCUUGUUGAACAGGCCGAUCUUGUCAGUCACGAACUAAUCAGGAUAGCCGUGUUGUGGCACGAGCAAUGGCAUGAGGGUCUUGAAGAGGCGAGUAGGCUCUACUUUGGCGACCAUAACAUCGACGGCAUGUUUGCCACGCUCGCGCCGUUACACGCUAUGCUUGACAAGGGACCUGAGACGUUGCGCGAAAUCUCGUUCAUCCAGUCUUUCGGUCGCGAGCUGCAGGAGGCUCGCGACUGGUGCAAUACGUUCAGGACUUCUGGCGAGAUUGGAGACCUUAACCAGGCUUGGGAUCUGUACUACCAGGUGUUCCGCAAGAUUGCGCGUCAGCUGCCGUCGUUGAUGACGCUGGAGCUUCAGUACGUGUCGCCGAAACUCAAGGAUGCGCAUGAUCUUGAGCUCGCGGUUCCGGGAACAUACCAAGUUGGCAAGCCGGUUAUUCGGAUCAUAUCUGUUGACCCGCUGGCUUCUGUUAUCCAGUCUAAACAGCGGCCUAGGAAAUUGGAGAUGCGAGGUAGUGAUGGCAAGGCGCAUACGCAUAUUCUGAAGGGUCAUGAGGAUAUCCGUCAAGAUGAGCGCGUUAUGCAGCUGUUCGGUCUGUGCAAUACCCUACUUGCCAACGAUGUUGAGAGCCGCAAGCGCCAUCUCAACAUCCAACGGUAUGCUGCUGUGCCGCUGUCGACGCAGUCCGGACUACUGGGUUUCGUGCCAAACAGCGACACACUUCACGUUCUCAUCAGAGAGUACCGUGACAGUCGAAAGAUCCUGCUCAACAUCGAGCACCGUAUUAUGUUGCAGAUGGCGCCGGACUACGACUGUCUCACCCUCAUGCAGAAGGUUGAGGUGUUCGGCUAUGCGCUCGACAACACGACGGGUCAAGAUCUGUACCGUGUCCUGUGGCUCAAGAGUAAGAGCUCGGAAGCCUGGCUGGACCGCCGUACAAAUUACACUCGCUCGCUCGCCGUCAUGUCCAUGGUCGGCUACAUCCUCGGAUUGGGUGAUCGCCACCCGUCCAAUCUCAUGCUCGACAGGGUAACUGGAAAGAUCGUGCACAUUGAUUUCGGCGACUGCUUCGAAGUGGCUAUGCACCGCGAGAAAUACCCCGAACGCGUGCCCUUCCGACUAACGCGCAUGUUAACCUACGCCAUGGAAGUCAGCAACAUCGAAGGAAGCUACCGCACAACAUGCGAACACGUCAUGCGCGUACUACGCAGCAACAAAGAAUCCGUCAUGGCGGUACUCGAAGCCUUCAUCCACGACCCCCUCCUAACCUGGCGCCUCGGCCACCGCGAAAUGUCCCCCCCAGAGCCAAACUACCCCUCCGAGCGCCGCCAAUCCAUCAUGGGCGACGUCGGCGACAUGUCCAGCAUGCAAGUCCGCGCCCGCCACCGCUCGAGCAUCGCCCCGCCAAACGAGGCAGAGGCAAAGGAAGUCCAGAACGCUCGCGCGCUGCAGGUUUUAUCCCGCGUUAAGGAGAAACUCACGGGUAGGGACUUUAGGCAAGGGGAGGAGCUGGGCGUUAUUGGCCAGGUGGAUCGACUGAUUAAGGAGGCGACGAAUUUGGAGAAUUUGUGUCAGCAUUAUAUUGGGUGGUGUAGUUUUUGGUAGGGUGG